GAGUCGCCGGGCAGGAUGAGCGUGCUGGGGGCCAGCCACAGUGCUUGGGGAGAUUGCAAUGAGGCCGCAGCUCUGGGCCCCGCGGAGGCGCUGGGCACAGAAGAAAGGGAGCAGCCGGGGGCACUGAGGCAGAUGUGGCGCUACCGCUCCUGGGACGUGCCACAGAUCCCAGCCGAGGCCCCCCAGACACACCACCUGCCUGCCCCUACCAUGGACACUUUCUUUAGGAGACACUUCCGGCGGAAGGUGCCAGGUCCCGGAGAGGGGCAGCGGCGGCCCAGCGGCGUAGGGCUGCUCACGGGCAAGGCCCGGCGCCGCUCCCCCGCUGGGCAGGCCUCCUCCUCGCUGGCCCAGCUGCGGGGCUCCAGCACACAGCUCCAGGGCUGCCUCCUGGCCUGCGGGGUGGGGUCCCGGAGGGCUGGCCGCCGGCGCUCCAGCACUGUGCCCCCAGCCUGCAGCCCUCACUUCGUCGUGGAUGAGAUGCCUGCCACUGUUGGGGCCCAGCUUCUGGGAGCACCCCUGCUGUUGGCCGGACUGGUGGGCAAGGAGGAGGAGAGGGUCCCGGAGAAGGACAUGCCAGCUGGGGCACUGAGUACCAUCCAGCCGGGCACCAAGACACCCCCACGCCAGGGCAGCCAGCCACUGCUGCCCGUGCCCCGUUGCCUGCGCCGUCGCCGUGCCUCCUCCCACCUGCUCCCUGCGGACGUGGUGUACGAGCCUGCCCUCUGGGGCCUGCACGGCUACUACCGGCGCCUCAGCCAGCAGCGGCCCUCCAGCCAGCACCCUGGUGCUGGGGGCCGAGGAGCCUCGGGCAUCCUGGCUGGCCCCACAGUGCCCACCCGCAGGCGCCCACUGUCCCGCAGGCGCCAGGUAGCCCUACGGCGCAAGUCGCCCGGACCCCAGACCUGGAGCGCCCUGCUUGUGAAAGCCAUCACCAAGUCGGGCCUCCAGCACCUGGCACCCCCUCCUCCUGCUCCUGGGGCCCUGUGCGGCGAGUCAGAGCGGCAGAUCCGGAGCACCGUGGACUGGAGUGAAUCAGCGACUUAUGGGGAGCACAUCUGGUUCGAGACCAACGUUUCGGGAGACUUCUGCUAUGUCGGGGAGCAGUACUGUGUAGCCAAGAUGCUGCAGAAAUCCGUGUCCCGGAGAAAGUGUGCAGCCUGCAAGAUCGUGGUGCACACGCCCUGCAUCGAGCAGCUGGAGAAGAUAAAUUUCCGCUGUAAGCCAUCCUUCCGUGAAUCAGGCUCCAGAAAUGUCCGCGAGCCCACCUUCGUCCGGCACCACUGGGUACACAGGCGACGCCAGGACGGCAAGUGUCGGCACUGUGGGAAGGGCUUCCAGCAGAAGUUCACCUUCCACAGCAAGGAGAUCGUGGCCAUCAGCUGCUCCUGGUGCAAGCAAGCAUACCACAGCAAGGUGUCCUGCUUCAUGCUGCAGCAGAUCGAGGAGCCCUGCUCCCUGGGGGUCCACGCGGCUGUGGUCAUCCCGCCCACCUGGAUCCUCCGUGCACGGAGGCCCCAGAAUACUCUCAAGGCAAGCAAGAAGAAAAAGAGAGCAUCCUUCAAGAGGAAAUCGAGCAAGAAAGGGCCUGAGGAGGGCCGCUGGAGACCCUUCAUCAUCAGGCCCACCCCCUCCCCCCUCAUGAAGCCCCUGCUGGUGUUUGUGAACCCUAAGAGCGGGGGCAACCAGGGUGCCAAGAUCAUCCAGUCAUUCCUCUGGUAUCUCAAUCCCCGACAAGUCUUCGACCUGAGCCAGGGAGGUCCCAAGGAGGCGCUGGAGAUGUACCGCAGAGUGCACAACCUGCGCAUCCUGGCGUGCGGCGGCGACGGCACGGUUGGCUGGAUUCUCUCCACCCUGGACCAGCUGCGCUUAAAGCCGCCACCCCCCGUUGCCAUCCUUCCUCUGGGCACUGGCAAUGACUUGGCCCGCACCCUCAACUGGGGCGGGGGCUACACCGAUGAGCCCGUGUCGAAGAUCCUCUCCCACGUGGAGGAGGGAAACGUGGUACAGCUGGACCGCUGGGACCUCCGGGCCGAGCCCAACCCUGAGGCGGGGCCCGAGGAGCGAGACGAGGGCGCCACCGACCGGCUGCCCCUGGACGUCUUCAACAACUACUUCAGCCUGGGCUUUGACGCCCACGUCACCCUGGAGUUUCACGAGUCUCGAGAGGCCAACCCUGAGAAAUUCAACAGCCGCUUUCGGAAUAAGAUGUUCUAUGCCGGGACAGCCUUUUCUGACUUCCUGAUGGGCAGCUCCAAGGACUUGGCCAAGCAUAUCCGAGUGGUGUGUGACGGCAUGGACCUGACCCCCAAGAUCCAGGACCUGAAGCCCCAGUGCAUUGUUUUCCUGAAUAUCCCCAGGUACUGCGCGGGCACCAUGCCCUGGGGCCACCCUGGGGAGCACCACGACUUUGAGCCCCAGCGACAUGAUGACGGCUACCUCGAGGUCAUUGGCUUCACCAUGACGUCCCUGGCGGCGCUGCAGGUGGGCGGGCACGGCGAGCGGCUGACACAGUGCCGCGAGGUGGUGCUUACCACGGCCAAGGCCAUCCCGGUGCAGGUGGACGGCGAGCCCUGCAAGCUGGCAGCCUCACGCAUCCGCAUUGCCCUGCGCAACCAGGCCACUAUGGUGCAGAAGGCCAAGCGGAGGAGCGCCGCCCCCCUGCACAGCGACCAGCAGCCGGUGCCGGAGCAGCUGCGGAUCCAGGUGAGCAGCGUCAGCAUGCACGACUACGAGGCCCUGCAUUACGACAAGGAGCGGCUCAAGGAGGCUUCCGUGCCGCUGGGCACCGUGGUGGUCCCAGGAGACAGCGACCUGGAGCUCUGCCGCGCCCACAUCGAGAGGCUCCAGCAGGAGCCUGAUGGGGCCGGAGCCAAGUCUCCUACUUGCCAGAAACUGUCCCCCAAGUGGUGCUUCCUGGACGCCACCACUGCCAGCCGCUUCUACAGAAUCGACCGGGCUCAGGAGCACCUCAACUAUGUGACCGAGAUCGCACAGGAUGAGAUUUAUAUCCUGGACCCCGAGCUGCGGGGGGCAUCGGCCCGGCCUGACCUCCCAACCCCCACCUCCCCGCUCCCCACCUCCCCCUGCUCACCCACGCCCCGGUCACUGCAAGGGGAUGCCGCACCCCCUUCAGGUGAAGAGCUGAUGGAGGCCGCCAGGAGGAACGACUUCUGUAAGCUCCAGGAGUUGCACAGAGCUGGGGGCGACCUCACGUACCGGGACGAGCGGAGCCGCACGCUCCUGCACCACGCGGUCAGCACUGGCAGCAAGGAAGUGGUCCGCUACCUGCUGGACCACGCGCCCCCAGAAAUCCUUGAUGCCGUGGAAGAAAACCAGCCCUGCUCCCCCCAGCGGGGAGACCUGUCUGCACCAGGCAGCGGCCCUGGGCCAGCGCACCAUCUGCCACUACAUUGUGGAGGCCGGGGCCUCGCUCAUGAAGACGGACCAGCAGGGUGACACCCCCCGGCAGCGGGCUGAGAAGGCGCUGGACACCGAGCUGGCCGCCUACCUGGAGAACAGGCAGCACUACCAGAUGAUCCAGCGGGAGGACCAGGAGACGACCGUGUAGCCGGGAGGCCGUGGGCAGCAGGAGGCCGGCUCCCUGUCCACCUCACUGCCACAUUCCACGGACGCCCCGGGGGACCCAGGCCGGGGCAGGAGCCCCGUGCUGCUCUGAGGAGCUGCCUGGACCUAGUGCUGGACUCUGAGGAACUAGGGGUCCCACUUGUCCCCUUUAGACCCCAGCCUGACAUGAAGCUCACGGGAACAUGAACUGGGCAGCUGGUUGGCCUUUAGGGGGACGGGGCUGGGCCUCUGCAGGACAGCCUCACCUCACCACAGGAGACGCCACGCCCUCUCUGGAGGUCUGAGCCCUGGGGGGAGACUAAGCCACCUGGUCCCCAGGGCCCAGCAGGGAGGCCCUGGGACUUGUCUCCUGCGGGGACCGCCCUCCCCAGGGCUUCCUCCCAGAGGAAACUCAGAGCCUGCUGCAGUUGUCUGCCCACUGCCCUGCUUGGCACCUACCCCGUGACCCUCCCCACGUACCCUGUCAUUUCAUCGCGGACUGUGUGCCUGGGGGUGGGGGUGGGGCUGGGGCUCUGACGGUGACAUGUUUACAGCUGGGUGUGACUCAGUAAAGUGGAUUUUUUUUCCUU